UAUAUAAAAUACUGUGUUACAAAACGUAGCAUCAAGUAUAACUUUCAUCAAGUUGCCACCUUGAGGUCUCUUCACUAUAAUUUAUUUUUAUUUGUUUUGUUUGAAAAUACUUAAAAAAUAUUUAAACUCCAAAUAAUUCGAUUCAUUACGAUUGUUUUGAUUGUGAUUUUAUUUUUAAAUAAUAAAGACAGUGUAUUGACUUCAAAAAUUACUUUGACGCAUGCGCUGAUUGGCUGUCGCGAAAAAGGGACUGCCAACAUUCAGAACAGUGUCGUUCCGGUCGCCGUUGUCGUGGUGUCGGUGAAGUUAGUGGUGCAAUUUUUACGUGUAUAACAUCAAAAAAUGGCGUCUGGUGUGACAGUUUCGGACGCAUGCAAAACGACGUACGAGGAGAUCAAAAAGGACAAGAAACACCGCUACGUGGUGUUCUACAUCCGCGACGAGAAGCAGAUCGACGUGGAGACUGUCGGCGAGCGCAACGCGGAGUACGAGGCGUUCCUCGAGGACCUGCAAAAGGGCGGCACGGGCGAGUGCAGAUAUGGCCUCUUCGACUUCGAAUACACGCACCAGUGCCAAGGCACGUCCGAAGCGAGUAAGAAACAGAAGCUGUUCCUGAUGUCGUGGUGCCCCGACACCGCCAAGGUCAAGAAGAAGAUGUUGUACUCCAGCUCUUUCGACGCGUUGAAGAAGUCGUUGGUGGGCGUGCAGAAGUACAUCCAGGCGACCGACCUGUCGGAGGCGUCGCAGGAAGCCGUGGAGGAGAAGCUGCGCGCCACCGACCGCCAGUAAUCAGCAUUUAGCCUGACGCCGCGCCCACCUCAGUCCAACCGUCAGUCAGUAUUGAAGGGACGGCGCGGCUCACCGGAUCUUUAUAUAUCGUUUCACUUCAGCUUUGCAGACAACUGGGAGAGGUGCCGACACCUCGCCAGCCUCUACUUUAGCGAUUAAGAGAUCUUUAUAAUUUAAAUUAUACUAAUUAUUAUAUAUAUUUUUUCCUGUAACUGUGAGUAAAUUAAGCUCAAACUAAAUUUAAACGGUCACGUGUGCGUGGUUUUAGUUUUUUUGUAUCUUACAGGUUAGAGAACGCCGGUCGGCUUUUUUUACUACUUAGAUUUGUAAUAUAAAGGAUGUACGAUUUUACACGAUCGCCUAGUUUUCGUUCGACGCUAACGUAAGCUUGUGCCGCGGCUCUGAACUGGCGCGCCUUGGAUAAGUAUUUUGUAACCGAUAUAUCCAGAAUUACACUCGAUAUAAGUGAA